AAUGAGAGGAUGGAUUUCUGGAGGUUGGGCGGCGGAAUUAGCCAGUAGAAAUGUAAACUGGGUUAAGAAGGCGUGGUCUAUUUUUCUCAACCCGGAACACAACUCGGAAACUAGGUAGAAUCCCUGGCUCAAAACUCCUUCUGGUUUCUCCCUGAAGAGAUUGGCGUAAAGCGCCAAGAUGGCGGCUCAUAAACAGCGAGUUUCCUUAACAGCGAGGGGGCGGGGCUAAAACCGCAUCACAGCUGAUUUGGAGGAUCCCCCCCCCUCAAGUUGUUUUUGCAAAGAGCAGCUUUGCAGACAAUCACAGAAGAACCUCUCUUGGGUUUUUUCCUCUUUCUUUCAUGUUAUUUUUAACUUAUCGCGCUUUAAACGUAGAUUUACUUCAUUUUAAUGUGCAGUUUUGCCAUUUUAGUUUAAAAAUGCUACUUCUUUUUAAGAAAAAUAAACUGCUUUUAUCGCAAUUUUUCAAUCGGAUGUCAUUGGCUGACUUUUAGCGUCUUUUUUCUUUGCCUUCUGGAGCCGUGAGGCUGGAGUGGAGAUGUUUCCUGCAGCAGGAGAGGAUCUGUUUACCUCACUGGAGGAGUCAAACGGAGAUGCAAUCUCUCCAACGCUGGAGCUCAGUCUGACCAGCCUAUACACCUUGCUGUACUCUGUCCUCUUUGUGUUCGUGUACCUGCAGCUCUGGCUCAUCCUGCACUACGGACACAAGCGCUUCAGCUACCAGAGCGUGUUUCUGUUCCUGUGCCUUCUGUGGGCAGCGCUCAGGACGACCCUCUUCUCUUUUUACUUUAAAAAUGUGGCGCAGGCCAACCGGCUGCAGCCUCUGGCCUACUGGCUGCUCUACUGCUGCCCCGUCUGCCUGCAGUUCUUCACCCUCUGCCUGCUCAACCUCUACUUCACACAGGUGAUGUUCAAAGCUAAAGCCAAGUAUUCUCCAGAGCUCACUAAAUAUAAGGUUCCUCUUCGUUUGUUCUUCCUGUGCGUCAGCGUGUUUUUCCUGGUGGUGAAUUUAACGUGUGCAUUGAUGGUUCAAGGAGCCCUGGAGAACUCCAAACCCCCUAGUGAUGGGGGGGUCAGGCAUGCGGUCUUGGCCCGGGUCCUGAUCAACGACAGUCURUUCGUCUUGUGUGCCGUGUCUCUGGCCGUGUGCGUUUUCAAGAUCGCCAAGAUGUCCUCCGCCAAUGUUUACCUCGAGUCCAAGGGAACGUCUGUGUGCCAAGCGACCGCCAUUGGAGCCAUGGUGAUUCUCCUCUACACGUCCAGAGCCUGUUACAACCUGGUGGUGGUGGCCAUGUCACCCCAGAACCAACCCAGUCCCUUCAACUAUGGCUGGUACAGCGUCUCUGACCAGGCUGACAUUUAUCAAAWCAGCGGCGAGGCCUACAUUGUUUUUGGGGUCAUCCUGUUCUUCUGGGAGCUGCUGCCCACCAGCUUAGUGGUGGUUUUCUUCAGAGUCCAGAGACCCCAUCAAAACCUGACUCCAGGGGGGAUGAUAAACAGCCACAGUUUCAGCUCCAGAGCAUACUUCUUUGACAACCCGCGGCGGUACGACAGUGACGACGACCUGUCCAGAAGCGUUGGUGGUAGAGCUGAUCGGACCAGUCUCCUCUCCACCACGCCCCAGCAGGCAACAUCUAGUUGGUACGGCUCCAUCCAACGUAACGGGACCUUAGCGGCGGGGGCGGCGGCGGCGGCCCAGCAGCCAGCACCUUCCACAGCCCCGCUCCUUUUUGCCCACGGGGGCAUCCAGAAUCACCAUCAUCAUCAUCACAACUACUACUCAACGCCGCAAAACAACAACCAGCAUCAUCACACUAACCAUUAUUCCACGCCGCAGAACUAUUACUGCGGGUCACAGACGCAUUUCUGCACCCCACAAAACUAAGAAGGAAUGACGGUAAACCUUGGACAAAACGUUACAAAUUAUCCAGCUGUAUUAAAAGUAAUACUUUUGAAUCAUCUUGUAAACCAUCUCUCUACUCUGGUUUACCAGUUCCUCAAAAAGGUGUUGACUAAUCAAACAGAAAAUUGGUGCGCCGGGACUAGCAGCUUUUUGAGGACCUCAGCGUCAUUASGAGUGGCGUGCAACGACGUUCUUAAAUCUGACACGCUUUUUCUGUUAAACAGAUCAUCACAUGUGAGACUGGAAUCAACAUAGACCAGAUAAUCAUCAUUCCACUUUUCUUGAAAUGUCAAAGCUUUGCACAAACAGGGGUUGCGUAGCAGUUGCUAGCUUAGWAAGCAAAUUUGGCAAAAACCUGAAACUGUCGGUCAGCAGAUCAGAACUUGGAGAUAAUGUACUCUCACAAGAUUUGUCAAGUUGUUGUUUGACUUCAGAGAYGCUUUUUAUUGGAAUCAUAAAUAAAGACCUUUCAAAAACUCUCAAAGCAUCAYUCAGCUUAGCGAGGUUGUCAGCCAGUUAGCAAACCACCUCGUUGUCUCACUUAAAUAUAGUUUCAGAUGACAGGAAAUAAUUUGCCAAUGGCUGCUGAUGCAGGGAGUGCUGAUSACAGUAAAGGUUAGAUUA